GCGGUCCUGCCUGCCUCCUAGCGGGCGGAGCCCUGAGAAGCGGCUCUUCGAGUGGAAGGCGGGGAAAAUGGCGGAAUCCUCGGAGGGGGACACAGGGAAGCCCGUAGCCAGUGGUGCCCCUAAGACAGAAGGAAGAAGAGUACCAGGAGGAAGAGUGGUCGAGUCCAGAUACCUGCAAUCUGGGAAGAAAACUAAGAAGGCUUCUGUGUCCGCUGGAGGGACGUCACCUGAGAGAAGAAAGACCAGCACAUUGCAGAAGAUCAAAGACACAAGCAUGUUCAGGACGGCUCCCCAACCAGCCAUGACAAAAUCAAAGAAAGCUGAGUCCACGUCCUUUGCCACUCGGAAAAAGGCACCGCUUCCAAAGAAGAAACAGGAUCUGCAGGAGACCAUGGACAUGAUGGAGUCGUAGACACUGCUGCUGACCCUGCUGUCUGUGAAGAUGGAAAAGAACCUGACUCGGCUGGAGGAGAAGGCUGAGAAGGAAUUAGCGGCCAUGGACCGUGAGAAGGAGCGUCUUCAGCAGCGGGUGCUCGAGCUGCCGGGCAAGCUGCUGCUUCAGCAGAAACAUCAGGAGCUGGCUACCAUUCUGGAUGCCCAGAUAGAGGCACUGACCCCUUUCCAGGCUGUAGCAGAGCGCUUCAAGGAGCAAUACAAGACACUGGCCACAGCCUUGGACGAAACUCAACAUGAGCUGCCCGUGCGGGGCAUCCACAUGCAGGGAUGUGGGCAGGAGCUCCUAGAUGAACUGGGGCCGGCCCUGAAGACCACCCUGCAGCUCCUGGGCGAGCUGGGCGUAUGUUCCCCGGACGCCAGCGCGCAGGUGCUGGAUGCCAAGGCUCAGGUGUUAUGCCUGCUGGAGGAACUCAGGGACUUGAUUACCAAGAAGGACCUGGAGCUCAACAGGAUCUUCAGUCAGGUGAUGGAACUUUCCUCCCAGGCCAGCAAAGAGGUAGCCUUGAUAAACCAGGAAGUCUGGGAAGAGGCCCUGGGCACCCCAACCUGUAGCCAGUGGUACUUCGGUCCAGAUGCCCUCAGGGGCCCACAGCCCCCUCCAGGACAGGACUAACCCCAGUGUAGGCCUCACCCCACUUUUUAGUUGUUUCCGUCCUCUCUGGGCGUUUACCUCAUAGAUUGAAGGAUGUUCCAGCCAUGCAGUUUUCUGAAUUCUUGUGCACUUUUUCUUUUUCUACACUUUCUACUAUCAGCAGCACUUGUGGGUUUGGGUAAUGAUAAUAAAUUUUGAUUGAUGU